AUGGACUACGACGAUGCCUGGUGUCCCGUAUGCGGACGAGAAAUCAUCCCAAAGCGCUACCUAGUCCCCAUCCAACCAGACGCCCCGCCUGCUCCCGCCCCCGCCCCGCCCCCGAGCUCGCCCCAGUCUUCUCCUACCAAACUCAACGGUAAAAAAUCAAAAACCACACGCACUCGCGUCGCUGGCGGCCUCGUUCAGGGAACGGGUCGUGUUAAGCCCAACGGCGCCCUCAAGCCACCCCCGCCACCCACUCCCGCUGUGGAAACAAAGACCACCAACUCAAAGGCGCAGCCUCCCCGCACCCGAUUGGUGAUCGACCCCGCCCCGCUCCCGCUCUACUGCUCCGAUGAGUGCAGAGUCGCUGACAUGCACUUCUCGUCCGACAUCCAUCCUCUCGGCCACGCUACCACUCGCUCGACCCUUUCACGCUCGCCGGAUUCCAUGUCUAGUUCUACAAACACCUCUGGUUCCACCGUCGACUCGCGAAAGUCCAGCAGCUCCGGCUACGGCUUCCCACCUGUGCCGCCUUUGGUCACUUCGACUUCCAUUUCGCCGCCUUCAUCAGCCGACGAAUGGGAAAUCUCACCCACGGUCCCUUCGAAGCCCUUUGACGCUAAGAAGACACUACGCAGUCUCGUCCCCGAGCCCCGAAAACGGCAACAAUUCGGCAACUACAUCGUUCCCCCCGAGCCUCUCAAAGAGAUUCGCGGAUGGACAGAUGAUUCGAAUGCAUGGAGGGCCACGGUUUACGGUCUGGUCGACACGGAUCCAUCUGAUCUAGCUGCGCGCCCAGAGAUGGAGGAGGUCUACCGCAAGCACAAUGCUUGCGCCCACCGUGCGAAAGGUGUCUACUCCACCGUUGGCACGAAGGAUAUUUCCACCAUCCCCGCACCUGCACCUUCGCCUCGAUCGUACGAAGACGAGCUCUUGUUAUACAACUAUCACUCGUCGUUUGUCCGCGCUCGCUCGCUAACUCCGUCGUGCGCCUCAGGCAAGUCGCGGUCUCCGCCGACCAAGCAACGCCCUCUGGUUCAUCCCUUGGCCCAAGGAAAACUCCUUGCACCCAAUCUCAAGCUUCGGGACCACACCGGAUCAUGCUCAAGCCUCUCCAGCUCCACGGUUCGCUCUCCCUCUUCGAAGGGAAGUCAAGUCGAGGGCGGAGCAUAUGGGUACAAACGUCCAGUUAUCGAAACACGCUCCUGGUCAUAUGACAACGUCCCCACCUAUCAACCAAUGAAGAUGCCGCCCUCCAUCGAGAAGAGGAAGGUUAAGCAAAUUGUUGACGGCGUGGAGAAAGAAGUCACCAUCGAAGUCGAAGUCGAGAACAACGGCAAACGCCUUUUCAACUUCCCCGACAAAGAAUACUACACGCGGCGAUGA